CUUCUACGCUUUACACCCUUAUUCCACUCCUCGUUAUCCUCAUGCGUGUCCUUCUUGCACUCAUUCAUCCUACCAUUCCUUGCCUCAUUCCAACUACCUGAAUACCCACACUUUCUCUUAAGCUAUACUCAACAAACAUACAACAACAACAACAACAACAACAAUAACAACAGCAGCACAAACAUAAGCACACCCUACCCAGGUUCUGCCUCUCACACUACCCACAGACACUUGCACAGCACAUACACGCGGUGAGUAACAACUCCCUUCCCAUGCACAAGCGAAUCCCAAUUCGUCUUGUUAGCGACCAUGGGGCCAUUCAACCCCAACUCCGGGGCAGCCGUUGGAGAGAACGGACACCCUUGUGUGAUACCGCUGGAAGCUGGGCAGCAAAUUCAGGAACACAUGGUGUUGGCUUGACACACACACACACCCAACUCUGCAAUCGCAACCUCCAUACUGAUCCCGAUCCCAUACGCCUUCUCCUUUCCAUUUCCCUCGACAACAAAGAAACUUUCUCUCGCCUGACUCACUAUCUUGUCCUCUAUUACGCCGUCUAUGUCGUGGUCUUCCCUCCCUCAGUUACUGUCCUUAUUUCCUCCCCCCUCCUUUUUCUCUGCAUUUGCUGUAUUUUUUUGUUCCAAGCUGUAUGUCGCUCUCUCCUUGCUGUUCUUUUCUUUCCCGGUCUUGUGUCGGAUGCAUGUCCCCCUUGGGCUGCACCUAGUACCCUUUGGCUAUUAAGGGAGACUGGCGGCACUGAUGCAGUCUUUGGAACGCGAAGACGCGACCUUGACGCGAACAAACGCUCGAAAUGUGAUUCGCUGAAACCCAAUCAAUAGGGACGCGUCAAGAAGGGGUCGUGCACGGAUGAUGGACGAUGAUGGUAACCAACACCGACGAGAACUAUUGAGGAGAUGCCCCAGGGGAGCAGGCCCUGAUGCUGCAUUCCACGCGAUAUAUAUUAUUUU